AUGAAAACCACACCUUUUCAAAGGGAAGUUGUUUCGUUUGGUUCUAAACACUUCUUCAUCAUUUGCUUGACAUGUCAUGGAAAAGUUGUUGACAAGAAAGAAGAGAAGAAGUCAUUGAUAAUUGCACAUCGAGGUGCCAGUGGAUAUUUACCAGAACAUACUCUGCCAUCGAAAGCUAUGGGUAAUCAUGUAUACAGUUUAUCAUCUCUUUCUUUUGUUGACAUUGUCGUAUUAUUUCUAGCAUUUGGAUAUGACGUUGAUUACAUUGAACAAGAUGUCGCGUUGAUGAAAGAUGAUGUGCCUCUGAUCAUUCACGAUAUUUAUCUCGACGAAGUGACAGAUGUAAAACAGAUCUAUCCGGAUCGGCAUCGUCCGGACGGACGAUACUAUGUCAUUGAUUUCACAUUUCAAGAAGUAAAAGCGUUAAAUGUAUCUGAACGGUUUAAUCAUAUUACGGGCUUGCCCGUGUUUCCAAAACGUUUUUCACUUGAUAAAGGAAAGUUUUCACUAGCAAGUUUAUCAGAAGAAAUUGAAAUGAUUCAAGGUAUGAAUUUUGCCGCGAAGAAAUUCGAUUGGCAUCUACACAGAAAUAAAAGAACCGUUGUUUCAUCGCCAGUCGAAUAA